AAGAUCAUCUAUAUAAAAACUCAAGUGUCCUCCAUCUUUUCCUCUUCAUUUUCUUCGUCCAUCUCUCUCUCUCCAAUGGCUCAGCAACCAAAAGAGGCGUACCUCAACGAAUCCUACUAUGGGCCUACAAUCCCAGCAGACCAGCCCACUCAAAGGCCCAGAAUCCCCUCCACGAUGCAUCAGUGCUCUCCCUAUGCCCUCCUCUGCCACGCGUUCAAAGCCCUCACCAUCGUCAUCAUCGUCAUCGGCAUCACUGUUCUUACUCUCUGGCUAAUUUACACGCCCCAACCACUCAAAGUCUACGUGGAGUCCGCCAAUCUCACCCGCUUUGAUCUCAACGAUAGCUCUCUCUCCUUCAACCUCUAUGCCAACCUUACCGUUCGAAACCCCAACAAGCGCGGCGAAAUCUACUACAAGCACGUUCAGGCGACGGCGUUUUACAACGGAGAUAAGCUUGAAGACAUUAUUCUCCCUUUGUUCCAUCAGCAGAAGAAGAAUACAACGGCGUUUGACUUGAGCUAUAUUGGUGGACCGUUGAAGGUGGGGCCCUCGGUGAACGAGACUUACGGGAGAGAGAAAGACGAGGGGUGGUUCUAUGUAGGGGUGAAAUUUUACACAAAAGUGAGGUUGAGGAUGAUUAUUAUUAACAGUGUUGAGUACGCACCGCAGGGAGAUUGUGAGCUGAGGCUGCCGGCGCCCACAAAUGAGACUUCGAUGAAAGUUGGGUUUCAGAGAACAAAAUGUCAUGUUGACCAGUUCACCUGAUUUGUAUUGACUUUUUCACAACCACUUUGUCCAUGGACCAAAUAUUCUCUUGAUUGAAGGAGAGUUGUUGGUGCAAUUUUUUUGGAGAAAUUAUCCUAAGUUUAUUACUUGGAGGGUACUUGGUUGUUGUCUAGCCGACAAAAUGGACUGCGAAAUUGGACAGG